GUUUACUUGGCAGAAGGCCAAAUGGGAAUAGCAUACUCAACCUCGACCAACUCUCCCUUGUCAUCCCAUCUACUCAAUUAAACAUGUCACUAAUGGAUGCGAAAUACAGUCAGGGUUUAGGGUUUUCCACUUUUCAUCAUUUUGGUUUCAUAACAAUUUAGCUGAGGCGCAUAAUGAACUUUCACUUAGGUACAAUCUCAUCUGGGUUUUCUGAAUAUUUCAAUUUGGUCCAUUCCGUCCAUUCCCAACUUAGAAAUGUUCAUCUGGAUUGCGAUACAUUGCGAAUUUGCAAACAUUGAAACAGAAUGGCUCUCAUUUCUUGAUUAAUGCCCACUGAUUUGUUCUGAAAUUGCACCUGGGUUUUCUUGAAUUUCAGCUCCAACUAUGUCUGGAGCUUAGUUUUCUUCUGGGUUCUUUGACAUUUCAACAAACAGUUUGAGCUCCAACUUGGUUUCAAGUUCUGUACCAACAUGAGCGAUUCUGGACCUACUUGCCAAUUCUUUACCCCAUAUCUUGAAUCCGGUGACAACAAGCAUCAACUAAAGCCUGAAUUUCCUAAUGCGGAUAAAGAUUUCAAAGAUCUCUCUGACAUUGAAAGCCAACCUUUCAAGAAACCCAGAACUUCUGAAGUUGUAUUGAUCUCUACGAUUCCCACGGCGCAGAAUAAAAUGUUGCAUUGUAAUUUCAAAACCAGACUUUGCAAUAACUUCAAAAUGGGCAAUUGCCAUUAUAGGCGGGGAUGUUGUUUUGCCCAUGGAAUUAGUGAUCUCCGCAAGACUUGGCGUAAUUGGCAAGGACUGGAAACUGAGGAGGGCUUCAAGGCCAGGACUUGUGAUCAUAGAAGAACUUCUAAUGAUGUAUGCAGAUUGUUCUUUAAUGGGGGAAAAUGCACAUAUGGAGACAAAUGCCGCUAUCCUCAUCAUGUAACUCCUGAAAACAUCAGAGAGAAGUCAGCGAUAAGCAUUUCAACUACUGGGGCUCACAUUGGUGGUUCUGGUCAAUUUUACAGAAAGAGGUCUUUGGAACUAAUGAAGCUUUGUGGCUAUAUGGCAGUGGAAUCUGGAAGUGUGCAGAAUUCGAGGACUUCUUCUACAAGUAUGUCAAAACGUAGGAUGGGAAUUGGGGCUACUUAUCACAAACAAGUGCAGGGUAGGGAAUGUGACUUCAAGUGGAAUGAACUCGAGAAAAUGAGUCGCAUCUAUGCUGAUUGGAUUGAAGAUAUCCCCCUUGUACAUGGCUCAUCAAGUAAAGCGGAGUGCUGAUCGAGUUUAGUUUGAUAUGUGUAAAGGAAGAGAUUAGUUCUGUAUUCUUCUUGUACAGAUAGGAAGUUUGUUGUGUUUUCCUAGAUCUAACACCUUAAUUUUGUUGAACAAGUGUGGGAUUGACGUUUGAUCUCGAUACAUGGCUUACAGCUUAAUAAUCAGAAGAUGCUUCGUAUGACUCCAACUCUGCUGAAUCAGGAGAAUCCAACUCGACCAGAAAACCAGCAAACCUAAGUCCCUACAAAGAGGGCUUCUUAUAUCUUGAUUUUCCCCUAUCUCUGUUAUCCAGGGAUUUCAGUCGUUACUUUGCUUUUGUAAAGGCAUGUUUUCUUUUUACAAGAUGUGGUGUGUCAAAUGGAUGUACCUAGCAGAAAAUUGGUUCGUGUAGUGUGAACUGACUUGAAAAUGUUAUUUGCAAGUGACUCUCAGAGAAUGCUCCUUAGCUAUGUGUGUUCUUGGUUGUGUGUGUAUGAAUCUGAUUUGUGGCUGCUCAAAAUCUACCGUAUGCGUUUGCUGU